UCUAGAGACAGGCUCUAGCUACAUUCAUAAUUAACAAAUGUUGAACGUAACGCACAUAGAAGUAUCCGGGAGAAGACAUAUCACGACAAUUAACCAAAUGCGCGAUACCGUUCGAAAAUUGGAAAGAAGCUUGAAAUGUUCGCGAGAUUUGGAAGCUGCUCGAUUUCUGCAGUAUUCCACCUUGAAAUCUCGCGAUAAAGUUCUGACAGACGAUCUGAAGAAGAUUAAAAUACGAAACAAGCAAAUGUUAAAUUUAUUCCGACAAAGUGUUACAGACGUUCAGCUCAGCUCUCUUGACAUACUGCCGGAGACCCUGAGGAGAGAAGUGCAGAAAACGUGGCAUCAGAAGUACGACGCUCUGUUGUCUCAGAAUGAGCAAUUGAAAAAACAAAUUAUUGCUAUAGACAGUGCGAUGAAACAGAAGCAGAAAGAAAUCGAUAUGUUGGAACAAAGAUUACUCAUUGCAGGAAGCAUCAUAAAGCCUAAAGAAAACACUAAAAAGUUUUGCAGAAGAUUCUGAUGAAUGGAACUUGAAAUAUAUGCGAGACAGAUGCACAAAGUAAAAAAAUUAUUGUAAACUGCAGUCUCUAAACACAAAAUAAAAUUUUUAAAUGAAAUAAAAUAUUUGGAUAUUUGAAAAUUUAUCGUUUAAAUAAACGAAUAUAUAUUUUGAAAGGAACACAUGUAUAUUGAACAUAUUGUUACAGAAUGUUAUCCGUCUCCUUCUUUCUGCUUCAAAUCCUUUAUGCACGUAAAAGUCUGUUUUUUUUUACAUACUAAAUUUCUCCUCUUUUUUUUUCUUUGUAAAUGUCUCUUUAUUAUUUUGUUCAUCAAUAUACUAUAAAAUCUCUUGUAAUACUGUAUUGAAAUCUUUUGAAAAAUGUUACUCAUAUUAAUUUACAUAUGUCGAUUUGUCCUGAAUUUUCGGAAAGCGGCAACAUACUCACAAGGGGAGUC